ACAUUUCCCAGAAAGCCCAGCGAUCACGCCGGCGCGCGCGUGCGCUCUGGCGCCACUAGUCUCUUCUCACUUGGGUUUGACCUACAGCCGCCCGGGAAAAGAUGGCCGCCUCAGCAGCGUCCGGGCUGUCCCGACAGGUUCGAAGCUUCAGUACGUCUGUGGUCAGGCCCUUUGCCAAGCUUGUAAGGCCCCCUGUUCAGGUCUACGGCAUCGAAGGCCGCUAUGCAACCGCCCUGUACUCUGCUGCAUCUAAACAGAAUAAGCUGGACCAGGUGGAGAAGGAGCUGCUGCGGAUGGGGCAACUCCUGAAGGACCCCAAGGUGUCCCUCGCUGUUCUGAACCCCUACGUCAAGCGCUCCAUCAAAAUGAAAAGCCUGAGUGACAUCACCAGAAAGGAAAAGUUCUCCCCGCUGACGGCCAACCUCAUGAAUUUACUUGUUGAAAAUGGUCGCAUAACCAACACCCAGGGCGUCAUCUCUGCCUUUUCCACCAUCAUGAGUGUCCACCGUGGAGAAGUACCAUGCACAGUGACCACAGCAUCUCCUCUCGAUGAAGCGGUUCUCUCUGAGUUAAAGACAGUGCUGAAGAGCUUCCUGAGUCAAGGCCAAAUCCUGAAACUGGAGGUCAAGACUGACCCGUCAAUCAUGGGUGGGAUGAUUGUCCGAAUCGGGGAGAAGUACGUUGAUAUGUCUGCAAAGAGCAAGAUCCAGAAACUCAGCAAGGCCAUGCGGGAGCUCUGAGAGCUUGACUGUCGCCUGCGCGAGCUCUCGUCCUUGGAGCAACAAUAAAAUGCUUCCUGAACAGA